CAGCGCGAGCCAGCGGGAGCGGGGAGCAGCCCGGCUGCUGCUGCUGCUGCUGCUGCCUGGAUGCCAGAGGCUCCCCGGGAGCCGGCGGCCAGAGGCACCCCGGAAGAGCCGCAGGAGGAGGAGGACGAGGCCCCCGGGCUGUGAGCGGAGCGGAGGAAGCCGGCACCGCUGGCCAUGGCCUCCAACUUUAACGAUAUCGUCAAGCAGGGCUACGUGAAAAUCCGCAGCAGGAAGCUGGGGAUUUUCAGGCGAUGCUGGUUGGUUUUCAAGAAGGCUUCUAGUAAAGGACCCAGAAGGCUAGAAAAAUUUCCAGAUGAAAAAGCAGCAUAUUUCAGAAAUUUUCAUAAGGUAACUGAGCUUCACAACAUCAAAAACAUAACCAGACUGCCUAGAGAGACAAAGAAGCAUGCAGUGGCAAUUAUUUUUCAUGAUGAGACAUCAAAGACAUUUGCCUGUGAGUCAGAACUGGAGGCAGAGGAGUGGUGCAAACAUCUUUGCAUAGAGUGUCUAGGGACCAGGCUCAAUGAUAUAAGCCUUGGGGAGCCAGAUUUGCUUGCUGCUGGAGUCCAGAGAGAACAAAAUGAGCGAUUCAACGUAUAUCUUAUGCCUACACCAAAUUUAGAUAUCUAUGGGGAAUGUACAAUGCAGAUCACACAUGAAAACAUCUAUCUCUGGGAUAUCCAUAAUGCCAAGGUCAAGCUGGUCAUGUGGCCUCUGAGUUCUUUGCGGAGAUAUGGGCGUGACUCAACAUGGUUCACAUUUGAGUCUGGAAGGAUGUGUGACACAGGAGAAGGACUGUUCACCUUUCAGACAAGGGAAGGAGAGAUGAUCUAUCAGAAAGUCCAUUCUGCAACACUGGCGAUAGCUGAGCAACAUGAAAGACUAAUGAUGGAGAUGGAGCAAAAGGCACGGCUCCAGACCAGUCUGAGUGAACCAAUGACAUUAUCCAAGUCAAUCUCACUUCCCCGCAGCGCAUACUGGCAUCACAUCACCCGACAGAACAGCGUUGGAGAAAUCUACAGUUUACAAGGUCACAGUCUCAGUUCAGCAAAGGUGUCUCGUGCACAGACGUUUCCCAGCUACACCUCAGAGCCGGGCAAGGAGCACCAGCAGUCCCUGUCGCUGUCUAGCAGCUAUGGAUUCAGCUACAGUUCAGCCGUCAUCCAAUGAUACACACACAACAGAUGACCAGAGAGACAAUAGAGCCUGGAACCUGCCUGUAGGGCCAGGAAGCCACUUGCACCCUCAAAAUCCAUGAAAGACAAAUUAUAAUGAAAACUGAGGCCUACCAGCUCCAGUCUGGUCACAGUGAAGAUUAAAAACUGCAGUGCAACUUCCCUGAGGCACAGGCUAAGUCUUUUAUUUAUUUAAUUUUUAUUUUCUUUCGUCCAUAUGUAAAAACAACCAGACCGAUUUCCAGGUGUAAGAAAGCAAUUGAAUCCAAUGAAACCCUCUUGCUGUGAAACAGAGGUUUCUGCUUCACUGGACACCACCUGUUCUGGGUGGAAACAUGAUGACACACUUUAGACUUGUCACCCAACACUAUGGUCAAGUUUGCCCAUCUCCAUUCCCACUGGCAUCACCCACCUUUUUUAUAUCCAACUGAUUGCCCAUUGGUUCCAGUUGGUACUGGAAAAGUGUUGUCCAUUAAACAGUAUAGCAACUGUAGAUGUUAUCCUUAGAAAUAAGCAAAGCUGCAAUUACAAAAAGGAGUGAAUACCUUUUUAAUCAGGCUCCCAUAGCUACCAUGUUUAACUCUACGUAUAUAUUGGGAGUAACAAGAUAAUGAUUAGUAACAUCUUGGGAAAUAGAAUUUGGUUCAUUAAAAGUAAUAUUACUACCUAGUAUAGCUCUCAUUUUAAAAGGCCAAUUUCUGCCUAUGAAUGCCAUUCAGAGCUGUACAUAAAUAUCUAAAGGGCAGAAUCCAGCUCUUAGACCUGUGAAGUCUUCACAGCUGCAAAAUAUCUAAACAGGACUGUCACUGUUAUGACAAGUAUAUAUUUACAAAAAAGAGGGGAAACUGUUCUUCAAACAAAGGAAUCUGGGCUGAAUUCUUGAAAGGCAAUCUCCUAUUCUACCUUCUGAGCUAGAUUCUCUGCUAGUGUCUAGCAGCCUAGCUCUAUUCUUGUGCUUCUGGUCAUUGUUACUUUGAUUUUUUCAGUUACUUUCCCAGAUUUGUGUUUUAGUCACAUUGUGUGUUGUGUAUGAUUGUGGAUCAAUUAACCACUUAACUUGGAAAGACAUGGAACAAUUCUAAAGUAGGCCUUUCCGUGCUUGAAAGGCAUUUAAAAAACAAAACCCUGCUAAGUUUGUUGAGAAUCAGUAAGGGAUAAUGUGAAAGGCACAAAUGUAGGUGUGGAGAAUGAGUUUGAGCUGUCCUGAAUAUUUAAUUGUUCAAAAGGGUCAUCAAUUAUUUAUGUGCAGCAUGUGAUGCUCUGAAAUGCUGGAAAUUGGGGGAACAAAAAUCUGCUUGCUGUGUAUUGUGUGAGCCAACCGUACAGUCCAUUCUCUUUAUGGAUUGUUUGCCACGAUUACCAGAGACAUUCUUGUCAUUAGUUGUCAGGCCUGGCAGAAGAAGUAUAACAAGGAAAAGAGCAGUUGAUUCUUUUUCCAAUUACAUGAACAGUUUUAUCU